UAUUGGAGUACUAUACUAUAAAAUCCCCUUUUUGAGUAUCUUUUUACUAGAAUAAGCUUAUUGUAACUGUAAUGCUUCCUUCCUUACAUAGUACCAUUGCAUUAAAUUCUCAAUCAAUAAACAUUUUACUACUACUUCUUUUUUUCUUUCUAUUAAACCCCAAUUAUACUCUUUCAUCAUCACAAACACAAUUUAAAGUGCAAUUUCUAGUCCCACUUUCCCCCUUUCUUUUGAUCCAUAUGUACUUAUCUCAAUUCCCCAAAUAACUACUCCAUACAAAAACUCACUCUCAGAAAAAAAAAAUAAAAAAAAAUGGAAGUUCAAUCCUCCAAUAGUAACCAAAUUUCAAAUGAUGAACACGAAAACAACGAUCUUAUUCUAGAUCUACGCCUCGAUCACGGCGUUAAAUCAAAUAUCCAGACUAGUUCAUCAGACGCAUCGCGAUCCGCAGGUAAUAAUAAUACCGAAUCGGAGCCUCGGGUUUUUUCAUGUAAUUAUUGCCAGAGGAAAUUUUACAGCUCGCAGGCGCUAGGCGGACAUCAAAACGCGCAUAAAAGAGAGAGAACAAUAGCGAAAAGAAGUCAAAAAAUUUCUGCAGCAGCUUUUGGUUAUGAUAAUAAGUAUUCGAGCAUGGCUUCUUUGCCGCUGCAUGGUUCAUUCAAUAGAUCUCUCGGAAUUCAGGUUCAUUCAAUGAUCCAUAAAACUACUACCAGUACCGCUUUCGGCGCGCCGGCCUUGUACGGUCAUCCUGGAUGGUCAAUUAGAAGGCCGAUUGAGCAGCAGCCGGCCAUUGGCCGGCUGGGCACAGAGAGUAAUUUUACGAAUAAUUACCAAACGGCAGCAACAUCAUCAGGUGGUGCUGCUGCUAGAUUUGAUAACAUUAUCCAAAAAUUUCCUCAAAUUGAUGGUAUUUCACAGUACAGAUGGGAUAGUGGUGGUGGUCGCACUAAUAAACCAGACGAAACGAAGAAGCUUGACCUGUCUCUCAGACUCUAAAUUAUUAGUACUAAUAGAAUUAAGUUAUUUUUUUUUCUCACAGUUAUUUCGUUUUAGAUUUAUAUUUUCUCAAUUAUGAGGUCCACUAUUGUAAAUGUUUCUUAUGCCAUCUGUGAUAUGAUUUCCGACAUUUUAGUAAAGAUCAUGCUCAAAUCUUGCCUUCAAUGA